ACAACAGAAACAGGAAAAUAAUUGAAAUUUGUGCGGAAAUUUUGUAAAAAUCAUGACUGACUUGAUGAAAACCCCCUCAUUGGAUGUGAAAAAAUCCUCAAAAAAGGAAGCAACUCGUCGCACGAUCCGGUUAGAAGUGAAAUUGUUCGAGCCGACGAAAGAUACGUUCCCGCGAUACAACGUAGGGAAGCUCAAGGAGAAAUAUUUGAAGAAAAAGAAGGAAUCUGACACGGAAAACACAAUGUUGCUGAUAGACGAUACCGCAUCCGCUUCAGCUCCAUCAUUUUCGGACCACGAGAAUGACGAUGUCGCGCGUUUGGCGAAGAAAUUCGAGGAAAAAUACGGAAAUGCGUACGAAAUGGCAGAUAAAGGCGCUGGAUAUGACGAAAAUGACUCGUUUAUCGACAAUACCGAAGCUUUUGAUGAGGUUCUGACGAGCGAUACGCCCUGCGGAGGCUUUUACAUCAACAGUGGCCCUUUGAAAUUCGACGAAAAGAAGGAUUCAAACGGAAAUCCCAACACUUCAAAGGCAGAAAAAUCUUCUGGCGGCAUGAAAAAACGUCUCAGCUUGUCGUCGAACGAAAGUGACAUGGAAGAAGAGCCCGCGGGCGAGAAGAAAAAGCCCAAAAAGAACAAAAUGAAGAAGCAAAAGCAAAAAGAAGCCCCUGAACCUUCGAAAUCCACGGGAAAAGAAUUCGCCAUUAAGGAUAUUUUACGCAUCCAACGCGAUAAUUUCUUGAAAACGAAGACUGAGAGCCCAAAAACACACAAAAACCGCAUAGUUUCGGACGACGACGAGUCAGAUGCGGAUUCGGUAGCUCUUUCGGAGUCCGAUAGCGAUAGCGACGUAAAAUUCGUUGAUACCCCGACAUGCCCAUCAGACCUCCCCGAGGAUGUACAGCAGAAAAUUAACGAAUUUCAGUCGUUGGCUGACGGAAAAACGGGCGAUCAAGUCCUUAUGCAUCCGGAACUUUACCAAAUUUUGUCAGAUAUUGAAGGUUCCUCGACUUUGCCACGCGACAAGAAAAUUUCCAUCAAAAAUUUCCUCAGUAGUGUUUGUUCGUGUCAAGAAUUGUACCGAAAAGUGCAGAAAGAACGUCCUUGGGACACGAGUGUCACGCCGAUGGAGACAGAUACGGCGGCAAUUUCAGAGCCGCAAGCCCAAAAAAGUACUUCAAUCGUCGAUUUGUGCUCGAGCAGCAUCAUCGAUAGCUCGUAAAACGGAUUUUUUGAAGGAAACAUUAAACUUUUUUCAUUUUAUUUUACUAAAUUUAUCGAUUUUCACUUCAAAUUGUUGUCGAAAUACGCGAAAAAAUCUAAAACCACAUCCGAAUCCUUACUUUUUCUUGAAGCCCAAGUCGUAGGUGAGCUUUGCAACCUGAGCAAGUCCGACAAAGCACAGGGCAACUGUCGUUCCGAAGAGAAUGCGAUCCAUUGGGCCUCCUUUUAGAUGCACGGGCAAGUUGUU